AUGGCCUUCCUCUCACGUCUACCGUGGAUCACGAAACCACUGGUCGUUGGUGCGCCGAUGCGCGUCUUCGCAAGCCCUGAACUGGCCGUCGCCGUCUCCGCCGCUGGCGGCCUCGGCUUCAUCGGUCCGGGGGCGAAGACGGAGCAUAUGCAACCUGACCUGGAAAGAGCGCGCGAGCUGAUACGCACCAAGUAUCAGAGUCUUGACUCGGUCAGCUCGACCAAAGCCUCGGGUGCAACGUCGUCGGUGCUGCCGGUCGGUGUCGGCUUUCAGCUCUGGUCGGAUCACCUCGAGACGGCGACGCGACUCAUUGAGCAGUACCGUCCGUGUGCGGUCUGGCUUUUUGCGCCGCGGGACGAACGCAAGGACAUCGACUUGUGGUCUCGAAGCGUCCGCGAAGCUUACUCUGAUGCGCAGGUCUGGGUCCAGAUUGGCACAGUCGCCGAGGUAGAACGCCUCUUGGAGCUCUCGCGGCCUCCAGAUGUUAUUGUCGCCCAGGGCGCCGAGGCUGGUGGGCAUGGCCGAGCCGAGGACGGAACAGGCAUCAUCACCUUGGUGCCCGAGAUCGCAGACCUCCUCAGCCAGCGUGGCAGCAACAUACCCAUCAUCGCCGCCGGUGGGAUCGCCGACGGUCGAGGGGCUGCUGCAGCACAUUGCUUGGGUGCAAAGGGUGUCGCCUUAGGCUCACGUUUCCUUGCAGCCAGCGAAGCACGCAUCAGCAAAGGCUAUCAGCAGGAGGUUGUGCGAGCCAGCGACGGCGGGCCCAGCACCACGCGGACGCUGUUGUAUAACCAUCUGCGAGGCACCUUCGGAUGGCCGAAAGAGUACGCACCCCGUACAAUCAUCAAUCGAUCGUUCAUCGAUCACAGAGCCGGUGCGAGUUUCGAGAGCCUGCAAGUGCUCCAUGACGAGGCCACUGCGAAAGGAGACGAUGGCUGGGGCCCCGAGGGACGGUUGGCUACGUACGCUGGCGCCUCGGUGGGCCUGAUCAGGGACGUCAAACCUGCGGGCCAAAUUGUGCAAGAUCUUCAACGCGAGAUGCAAUCGAUUCUGUCACGCGGUUUGGAUGCGAAGAUCUGA